AUGGCUGCAAUGUUGGUUGGACUUAAUGAAAAUUUUGAUUUAGGUGUUGCAGUGUCAUCUAUGAAAUGCGGUCUACUAGAGAAUCUUUGUCAGAAUUCCAUGAUCUGUGGUGAAGUGUCUUAUCUUGACUACGAGGGUAUUUCUGUUGGAUUAGACGAGCAGAAGCAUAUACAAGCAGACUUGGGUCCUACUGCUAAGAACUUGAUACUUCGUAAUCACGGUCUGCUCACUCUAGGUGGCACAAUACAAGAGUGUUUCCUUCGUAUGUUCUUUCAGGUCAAAGCCUGUGAAAUUCAAGUGAUGGCCGUGAGCGCAGUUGGAGGUGAUCUCAGCAAGUUGAACUAUGGAGAUGACAAAUACAGGGAACAAAUGUUACUACUUGUUUUAAUUAAGAAAUUAGAAGCAAAUGUAGCUCAGGCAAUGUUAUUAGUAUUAUGCGAUAUUGAUAAUAAUGAUCAUUUUUGA